CUUCAAAUCUUUCGCUACCCCACUUGUCUCUUUCGACCUUUCCACAUCUCCGUUACUUUUCAUUAACUUAUACUCCGUAUUUUUUCGGUUUGUCUUUAAUGGGUCAAAAGAAAAUUGAGAAUAUGCUCCCUUUUCCCUUUUCUAUCAAACCCAACUACCCUUUUGGAUCUUCCGAGGAUUUCCAAAGCUUCAGUUCAGCUCCUCACUGUGAAUCUUCAAGAAAUCUUGGAAAGAUACAAGAAUAGAGUAUAUGGCAAGAUCUAGCGGAGUGUAUGCAGAAGGAUUAGUUAGAUAGUGGAGAAUGGCUUAUUUUAGUAAAGCUAUAGACACCACAUUGCUGGGUGCAGGAGCAAAGGCUGGUGUAGAAAUCUGGUGCUUAGAGAACCUCCAGUUGGUUCCUGUCCCAAGAUCUUCACAUGGGAAGUUCUUUUCUGGAAGUGCGUAUAUCAUUUUGAAUACCGUUUUGCUCAAAAGUGGCAGCCCAGAACAUGAUAUCCAUUAUUGGCUUGGAAAGGAUGCCAAAGAGGUGGACUCAGCCCUUGCGUCGGACAAAGCACUUGAAUUGGAUGAAGCCCUUGGGUCCCAUACUGUGCAAUACAGAGAAGUUCAAGGUCAAGAAACUGAGAAAUUCUUGUCAUACUUCAAACCCUGCAUCAUCCCAAUUGAAGGAGUGUUUUCUUCGGGACCCGGGCAUGUGAAUGCUGAAACAUACCAAGUCACCCUGUUAACAUGCAAGGGAGAUCGUGCUGUUCAUGUUAAAGAGGUGCCUUUUACUAGAACAUCAUUGAACCACAAUGAUGUAUUCAUACUCGAUACUGCAUCAAAAAUAUUCCUCUUCAGCGGUUGCAAUUCCACCAUACAAGAGCGAGCUAAGGCUUUGGAAGUUGUUGAGUAUAUCAAAGAAAAUAAGCAUGGGGGGAAAUGCGAGGUUGCCGCUAUAGAUGAUGGAAAGUUUGUUGGUGAUCCCGAUGUUGGGGAAUUCUGGAGCUUGUUUGGUGGUUAUGCUCCCAUUCCCCGGGACUUGGCCUCUGCUGUUCCGGAGCAACCUGAUAUUUCAACUGUAAAGCUAUUCUGGAUAACUACUCAGGGAAAACUAUGUCAAAUUGAGACUGACAAUUUGAGUAAAGAAAUGCUUAACUCAAACAAGUGCUACAUGUUGGAUUGUGGUGCUGAGCUUUUUAUCUGGAUGGGAAGAAGUACCUCGAUCACUGAACGGAAGACAGCAAUCUCAGUUGUGGAAGAUUUUGUCAGAUCUCAAGGAAGAUCAGUUGGUACCCAUAUAACUUUCUUAACAGAAGGAUCAGAAACCGCGUUAUUUAGGUCAUAUUUUGAUAGAUGGCCUCAAAAAGUUGAACCAAAGCUUUAUGAAGAAGGCCGAGGGAAAGUAGCAGCAAUAUUUAAGCAAAGUGGUUAUGACGUCAAAGAGCUACCUGAAGAAGACUGUCAGCCAUGUAUUGAUUGCAGUGGCACACUAAAGGUUUGGCGGGUAAAUGCUGAUGAAGUAUCCCUUAUUCCUGUUGCGGAACAGAUGAAGUUUUACAGUGGGGACUGCUAUAUUUUGCAGUAUACUUAUGCUGGCCUUGAGAGGGAGGAGAAUCUAUUCUAUGCAUGGCUUGGUUGCAGGAGUGCAUUGGAAGAUAAGGCUGAUGCUAUCUCCCAUAUGGACACCAUUGUUCAUUCAACUAAGGGAAAUCCCAGUGUGGCUCAAAUCGUCGGGGGAAGGGAACCAGAGCAAUUUUUCUCUAUUACACAGAAAUUGAUUAUUUUUAAGGGAGGUAUGAGCAUAAGGUACAAGAGAUCUACAGCAGAAAAAGGUAUUCCCGAUGAAACUUUUGAUGGCACAAAGACAGCUCUUUUUCGUGUUCAAGGAAAGAGUUUGAACAACAUGCAAGCCAUCCAAGUUGAUCAGGUUUCAAGUUCUCUUAAUUCAUCCUAUUGCUACAUCUUGAAGACUCAGACAUCUGUCUUCACUUGGGCUGGAAAUCUCUCCUCAGCUAGAGAUCAGGAUCUCGUGGACAGAAUGAUGGACCUGAUAAAUCCAACAUGGCAACCCAUAUUAGUCAGGGAAGGAAGUGAACCUGAACUUCUCUGGAAUGCACUGGGUGGAAAGGGGGAAUACCCAAGGGAAAAAGAGAUUACCAGAUUCACAGAGGAUCCACAUUUGUUUACAUGUGUUUCUACUGAAGGUAAAGUCCAGGUGAAAGAGAUAUUCAACUUUUCCCAGGAUGAUUUAACUACUGAAGAUGUUCUAGUACUGGACUGCCACGGUGAAAUUUAUGUUUGGAUAGGACGCCAUUCCAAUAUCGGAUCAAAACAAGAGGCCUUUACUAUUGGUCUCAAAUUCCUGGAGACUGACAUCCUGAUUGAAGGCCUAUCUUUGGAGACUCCAAUAUAUGUUGUUACAGAAGCGUACGAGCCACCAUUGUUCACUCGAUUCUUUGAUUGGGAUUCCUCUAAGGCCAAUAUGAUCGGCAACUCAUUUGAGCGCAAGCUUGCUAUUUUAAAUGGACGAGCAAAGAAAAUGGAAGCACCGUUAGGAGGUUCAUGGAAAGCAUACUCCAUGGAAACUACCCCAAAUAGUUACAGAAGCCAGUCUGUUGGGCCCAAUGGCGUGGCAAGAAGUAUAUCUCCCACAUCAAGUGUUCUAGGAUCAAGGUUGAAGUCUUCAGACAAUCGCCGAUUUUCCAGCCCACCUCCAAUUCCCGCAAAGCUCUUUUCUGGAUCGUCUCCUGAUCUUGGUGAUACUGCAAAAGGGCCACAUGCUCCUUCCAUAAAUACGAGCCCACAGGUUCAUGAAAGUCAGGAUGGUCCAAACUUGAAUAUCUAUCCUUACGACAGACUGAAAGUGGUGUCAAGUGAUCCAGUAACAGGCAUAGAUGUGACCAGAAGAGAGACUUACUUGUCGGAUGAGGAGUUCCAAGAUGUAUUCAAAAUGACAAGGAGUGCCUUCUAUGAGCUUCCUAAAUGGAAACGGAACAAGCUGAAGAUGUCCCUCAAUCUUUUCUAGGGUUCAUCGGCUUAAAUCCCUGGAGCAAGUGUAUUGGCUAACCUGGUCCUUUCAUCUUGCUUAAUACUGUGAAUCAGGCUUGGAUCCCAAAUCUUGCCUUUUGUCUUCGUUUUGAUGAAUCGUUGAGCAAGGCUAUUGUUAGCUCAAGCAUACUUGGUUUUGUACUUCGUGCCAAAGUUUAGCUGUUAUAUUUGCUAAAUGUGAAACAUAAUGCCGAGGUUAUUUUA